AUGUCGUCUGUGGGAGAUUAUAUCGAUCUAAUAUUCUCCCUUCAUAGAGCUGGCGAAUCUAUGACUUAUAUUCACAAGAAAGUACAAGAGAAAAAUUCGAAUAUUUCUAUGCAUAAAAUCAAAAAAUUCAUCCGAGAGUUCCACUCAGCACGAAAGCCUACCAGAAAAACUCCCUAUCAACCAAGAAAACUUGCUGCUAACUUUGACGUGAUUACAACCGUUAUCCGCAGUAACUACCGACAAGAUAGUUCUACAACUGCAGCAAGCGUAGCUAGACUACUGCAAGCUCGUAGAAUUUCUGUUGGCACGACGUCGAUCAAAUUUUUGAGAGAUAAACUUGGAUUCAAAAGAAACCCAACAAAAUACUGUCAAAUGAUAAGAAAUGAAAACAAGUUGAAGCGACUAGAAUUUUGUGAAGAGAUGAUCGCGAGAAAGGAGCUAUUUUCUGAUUGCAUCUUUACUGAUGAGUCAACAUUUCAAAUCGGAAACUCCACGAAGUACAGUUAUGUCGAAGAUGGAAACGAGGUUGCGAGGCUGCGAAGCCGUGCGAAGCAUCCAGCUAAACUACACGUUUGGGGAGGGAUUUCAUCCAGAGGAACCACUGACAUAGCGAUUUUCAACGGGACAGUACGGAUGGAUUCCAAACUUUACUGUGAAAUAUUAGAGGAUUGUUACCUAGGCUUCUCCAAUCGAGCUUUCAACGGAAAUGCGAGGUUGGUACAGGACAAUGCCCCCGCGCACAAGAGCAAUUAUACGACAAGGCGCCUACAGGACUGGGGUGUCAAUACCGUGAACUGGCCACCCGAGUCGCCCGACUUGAACCCAAUUGAAUUAGUUUGGGGCAGUAUGAAACUUCACAUUCGGUCAGUUUCCUUACAUCUUAUACCUGAAUCUCAACCUUAUUUGAAUUCGUCAACACCUUCGAACAAUUGCGGAGCUAGAAGAAUCCAUUCGGUCAUACUGGCAGAGGCUCACGCCGGAGAUUUGCCGCAGAUACAUUGGAAGCAUUCAGUGGAAAAUGCCUCUGGUUGUGAACGCCAGAGGUGGAAAUAUAAUAGAAAAAAAACCGAGAAAAACGGACCCUAUGGCGAUCUCUGA